AUGGUAGAUCAAAUAGGGGAGGAGUUUGAUAGGUACUCACAAGCAGAUGGCAUGUUUGGUUUACAGGCGGCCAUUAGAGCCAGAGACAUAAGGUUGCCAGUUGAAUGGUGGAUGCAAUUUGGUCAUCAAACUCUAAACUUGCAAAAGUUUGCCGUCAAAGUACUAAGCCUAACUUGUAGUGCAUCUGGAUGCGAGAGAAAUUGGAGCGUAUAUGAGCAUAUUCACUCCAAGAAAAGGAAUAGGCUUGAGCUAUCGCGUCUCAAUGAUCUAGUGUAUAUUAAAUACAAUAGAACAUUGAGGCGUCUUUAUAAAGCUCGGGAUACCAUUGAUCCAAUUUUAUUGGAUAACAUUGACGAGGCAAAUGAAUGGUUAUCUGGAGCUCCCCAAAAUCAUGAAGAUGAACAAGUGUAUGUAGGAGAUGAUCUUGAUUGGGGUACUGUUUCUAAGGUGGCUGGAGUUGAGAAGAAUAUCUAUGGUCUUAGAGGGAAUUCUUCAAGUUCAAAUUAUAUGGAAAAGGGAGUAGCAAGUUCAAUCCGGUCCAUAAUUGACGAAGACUCCGAGGAUGAAAAAGAUGAUAGCCAAUAUAAUGCUAACAUUCUUGAAGUUCUAGAAUUUGAAAAUCUUGAAGAAGAAUAG